AUGUCCAAGGAACAAACCUAUCCAAAGGACUCUGUCAGGAUGGUUCUUGUUGGGAAAACUGGAGUUGGGAAAAGUGCAGUAGGAAACACCAUCUUAAGGAAGAAGAAGAAGGUUUUUAUAUCAUCAGUUUCUGCUUCCUCGGUGACGAAAGUGUGUAAGAGAGGAACAGGGAAGGUUCAAGGCCAGAAACUGGAGGUUAUUGAUACUCCAGGUAUGUUUGACACCAGUCUGAGAGAAGAGGAGGUGAAGGUGGAAAUCGCUAGGUGCAUCAUAUACGCUGCUCCUGGACCUCAAGUGUUCCUGAUCAUCCUCAAGGUAGACAGAUUCACUAAAGAAGAACAGGAAACAGUGAAAAUCCUUCAGAAGCUGUUUGGAGAACAGGCUGCAUGUUACACCAUGGCCCUGUUCACCUAUGGAGACAAUCUGGAGGCAGACGGCGUCUCCAUAGAAAACAUCAUUGGUGAAAAUAAGGUUCUCAGCGACUUCCUCCAUCAGUGCAAAGGAGGAUACCAUGUUUUUAACAACAGAAAUGAAGAUCCUGCUCAGAUCCAUGAGCUGCUGAAGAAGAUCAACACAAUGGUUGAGAGAAAUGGAAGAAGCUACUACACCAACGAGAUGUUCCAAGAGGCUGAGAAAGCCGUAAAAAAAAGACAGAUGAGAUUAAAGAAUAACCCAGAUAAAGACGAUGAUGAUGCAAGAUCUGAAGCCAAAGAACAAGUUAAGAUCCUCUGCGGGACAGAAGGUGAGAGACACAGUCACUUGGACUCUGACGAGACUUCACUGACAAACAUGUCCAAGAAACAAACCUCAGAUCCAAAGGACUCUGUCAGGAUGGUUCUUGUUGGGAAAACUGGAGUUGGGAAAAGUGCAGUAGGUAACACCAUGUUAAGGAAGAAGGUUUUUAAAUCAUCAGUUUCUGCUUCCUCAGUGACGAAAGUGUGUAUGAGAGGAACAGGGAAGGUUCAGGGCCAAAAACUGGAGGUUAUUGAUACUCCAGGUCUGUUUGACACCAGUCUGAGUGAAGAGGAGGUGAAGGUGGAAAUCGCUAAGUGCAUCAUAUACGCUGCUCCUGGACCUCAAGUGUUCCUGAUCAUCAUCAAGGUAGACAGAUUCACUAAAGAAGAACAGGAAACAGUGAAAAUCCUUCAGAAGCUGUUUGGAGAACAGGCUGCAUGUUACACCAUGGCCCUGUUCACCUAUGGAGACAAUCUGGAGGCAGACGAAGUCUCCAUAGAAAACGUCAUUGGUGAAAAUAAGGAUCUCAGCGACUUCCUCCAGCAAUGCAAAGGAGGAUACCAUGUUUUUAACAACAGAAAUAAAAAUCCUGCUCAGGUCCAUGAGCUGCUGAAGAAGAUCAACACAAUGGUUGAGAGAAAUGGAGGAAGCUACUACACCAACGAGAUGUUCCAAGAGGCUGAGAAAGCCGUAAAAAAAAAGACAGAUGAGAUUAAGAAGGAUGACCCAGAUAAAGACGAUGAUGAUGCAAGAUCUGAAGCCAAAGAACAAGUGGCAGGAACUGUUUCAUUAGUCCUUAUUGGAGCAGGUGUUGGAAGUGCUAUUGGAGCAGGUGUUGGAGCUGUUUUGGGAGCAGGUGUUGGAAGUGUUAUUGGAGCGCCGAUUGGGGCGGCAGUUGGAGCAGGAGUGGGAUAUGUGACUUCAGUGAUAAAAGACGAGUGCGUCAUACAGUGAUAUUUAAUAUCAAGGAGUCAUCAGCUCAUUGCAGCUAAAUGAAAUAGAUACAAAUUAAAAAAUCUAAUCGUGAAAACAGUAUUUAUUCAUGUUUGUACAGACAAGUGAUGCCGGUAACGCGCUACCUAGUAACGGGUUACUCUAAUCUGACCCCUUUUUUCAGUCACGAGUAAUCUAACGCGCUACAAUUUCCAAACCAGUAAUCAGAUUAAAGUUACUCCUCCAAGUCACUGUGCGUUACUAUUUUGUCUACUUUUUGUUACUUUUAUUAUCAUCUACACGAACAUGUGCACUUCUCGCUCUUACUCCGUCACUCGCACACAUCAACAACACUUCACUUCCUCAUUGCCCCAUCCGCCAACACAAGCAGCCAAUGAGGGCCUGACAUCCCCAACAAUGCCAUCCUAUUGGUCCAAACAGUCACAUGUCCCACCACGACCCCUUCACUGACCCUCAGGAUAUCGGAACGCUCCUUCAACACAGUGUUUUACUGAACAUACGUCAAAUCCAAACAUAAACAUAAACCCAGUCCGUUACAAUAUAUUUGAUUUUCUUCCUGCAUCUCUGGGAGUGAGGUCAUGUAGCCUAUGCGACAAUUAAGUUGAAUCGCCCUCGUUUCGUGCCAUAAUAAACAAGAUCCCUACUACUGUCAAUGCCGGGCUGCCUCACAGAACAGCUUUUUGUAAAACCACUUCUUGCUUCUCAAAUGCUGUGAACAACAGGUACAAUGUUCAUAAAACAUGUUGAAAAGUUACAUUUAU